GUAUUUACAUACGUGUAUUUCUUUCUCUUUUUUUCUUAUUCUCAUUUUAUUUUAUUUUUUUGACCGUGUCGUCGUCUCUGUGUACUGUACAAAAUUCCUUGUACUUGGCGAUAAAAGCUUCUUUAAGAUUUUGAUUUUCGAGCUUUUACGACCAUUUCUUUGUCGAAAGCUCUCCAGCUUGGGCGUGUAGGGGGUUGACGUGCUCAAAUCAUCCAAUCAGAGAAGAACCGUGAUGACGCGCAACUCCAGCAAGUUUCCAUGAAUAAAUCUCACAGAACAGUAAAAUGCCAUACGCGCAGCACGUAGCUUUAAGGUAACUAGAGUCUCAGUCCUUGCAGAGUAUUUUGUUUGUUUUGUUUUUUUAGCUCCAGUCAUUGUUCUAACUUAUUCAACUUCUAACUUAUCACUAGAAUCGACAUAUUUUAACAUAUAAACUCGUUUUGAUCUACAUUAAAGAUGAAGGCUAAGUUCAUAAACGGGGUUUCCUCAUCACCUUCAAUGUCUCUUGGUUUAUUGGUGACCGAGAACGAGCUUCAUGUUCAGCCUGAUACCGAGUCAGCCUGCAAAGCUAUACGCGCAGAUGAGCCUGACCCUGAGACCAAGCAUAAUGCGUAUCUGUGGUGUAAAGAAUUUCUGCACGGGGCCUGGAGGGCCAUUAAGGAAGAGGAUUUUCAGAUAACCAUAAUCAGAGGGGGUCUCAGCAACAAGCUGUUCCUCUGCGCAUUACCCGAGGAUCAGCGAAGCAUUGGGGACGAGCCAAGGAACGUGCUACUUCGCAUAUACGGAGCCAUACUGCAGAUGUCCUGCAAUAAAGGAGAAUCUGGACAGUCAAACACAGAAAAUCAUUUUCAAGGAGCUGAGGCUAUGGUCAUGGAAAGUGUGAUGUUUGCCAUCCUGGCAGAGAGGCAGCUUGGGCCUAAGCUCUAUGGCAUCUUUCCCCAGGGAAGACUGGAACAGUAUGUUCCGAGCCGCAAGCUUACCACAGAGGAACUGGGAGAUCCUAGUUUAUCUCCUGAGAUUGCAGAGAAAAUUGCUAAGUUCCACAACAUGAGGAUGCCUUUUAACAAAGAGCCAAAAUGGCUGUUUGGCACUAUGGAAAAAUACAUGAAUCAGGUGCAAAGGCUGACCUUCACCAGAGAGAUCCACCUCCAUAAAUUCAACCAACUUAUGAGCUACAACCUGCCUCAGGAGAUGGAGAACCUUAGGUGUCUCUUGGAAUCAACCCCAUCUCCUGUUGUUUUCUGCCACAAUGAUUUGCAAGAAGGAAACAUACUUCUCCUAAGUGGCCAGGAGAACAUAGAAAAGCAGAAGCUUAUGCUGAUCGACUUUGAGUACAGCAGCUACAACUACAGAGGAUUUGACAUAGGAAACUUUUUCUGUGAAUGGAUGUACGACUACAACUGUGACACACCUCCGUUUUUCAGUAUCAAUACCAAGAAUUAUCCAACCAAAGAUCAGCAGAUGCAAUUCUUUCAAAGCUACCUGUCUGAAUAUGACCCUGAACUGGCAAAAUUGAGUGAGGAAGAUCAGCUAAAAAUGAAAGAGGACAUGUUGGUGGAGGUUAACAGGUUUGCCCUGGCAUCACACUUUUUCUGGGGCCUGUGGUCCAUAAUUCAGGCGAGACUAUCCACAAUUGAAUUUGGCUACAUGGACUAUGCCAUAGCCAGAUUUGAUGCAUACUUUGAGCUGAAAAAGAAGUUGGGUAUUUAAAAGCUGUGUUAUUUCACAAGGGACAGUGAAGCUAAGAAGUAAAGACUGCAGACCUGGAUUUUCAAUUUGAUAAAAAGCAGCUGCUUUGCUACUGUGAUGUUUAAAUGGUGCUGCAUGGUCUAAAAUCGACACCACUCACCUUUCCAUGGCCUAACGUUCAACAGUGUACCAUGCUUUUUCUCAGAGUUUAUCUCAGUGUUUCAGCUCCAAAAGCUCAACACAUUUACCUGAUUCUGAAUGCUUGUAGGCAGCUUAAAAGAAAGAAAGAAAGAAAGAAAAAUGCAUAUAUGUAAAUUAUCAUUACAGUCAUAGGUGGGCUUUUGAAAAGAAAAAAAAAGAUAAAACUAACACACUAACACUUACAAGCUAGACUCUACCAGAUUUAGUGGAAGAACUUCAGCCCAAAGAGCAACGUGUGUUUGCUUUUGUUAUGGCAGGUAAUCUCUGCUGCAUUAUCUUUACAACCUGUGCUAGGUUAAUGUGAAAAAUUGAGGUUUACAAGCAUGGACCUGAGUGGUACAACAGACCAAACUCAUUUGGCAUGGUGCAUUUUCAGAGCUGUGAGACACGUAUACAAUCCAAAUUUUUUGUGUGAAGCCUAAUUGUGGGUUGUUUACUCCUCUUUCUCUACUUGAACAGCUACUAGAAUGUUUGUUUUUAAUGGUUGUAGGUCAUGAGGGUAAUAGUGUGAAAAACAAAUACACUGUGAGACCUGGCCACAUGUGUAUACUUGGGAAAACACGAUGAUGGAUGUGAUCUGAUUCAAAAUUAAGAACUGGACUUAGAAAAGCUAGUAGCUCUGUUGGUCUACUGGCUCUGUUUCACACUGUGGAUACAGUGGUUACUCGUGUUACAAAUGAACUAUUCUUCCGUUAUUUCAUAGUUGGCUUAUGUGAUCUUUUCUCCACGAGAUAAAUUAUUUUUUACGUAGUUUUUUCAACUGUGUAAUAACACAGUAUUUGCUCUGAGUUUAUUAUAUUCCUUUAUCGUUUCCCUGGUAUACAAGUUAAACUGUGAUAAUCUUUUAAAAAUAUUUUAAAAUCUUAGCUCCUUUUUUUUUUUUUUAAAUAUAACAUUUGUUAUAUUUGGCUGCAGAUGUAUGGUAUAGAGAGGAUAUAUUUUAUUUUUAACAUUACUGUGAGUGUCACUAUACGAGUCAUAUAAAAAGUAUUUCUAUAUGAAACUUUGCUUUUUUUCCUUUAAUGGAAGAGGUAUUUUUCUUAAUAAGAAAGUGUUUUGUGAGGGGAUUUAAAUAUUGCUAAUUCUUUUUUCUUUUACAUCUUAACUGUGACAUGUAAAUAGCUUUUGUUCGUUUUAUACCCAAUGUUUUGAUGCUAUAAUUCUAGCAAUUUAAUCACAAAUUCCAAUAAAAUAACACAGGGGCCAACACAGUUGUCAAUGAGUGAAUGUAAUGAUAAAUUAAUCAUUUACUUCAGUUUUAAACAAUAUUUUGUCUCUGACUUUAUCAUGUACAAUACUACAGGGGAAUUCCCAUCUACAGAUUGGUCCACUGUUUGCUCUUUUUGUAUUGUAAUAAAAGGAGAAAGAAGCUUUUGAAUUUAACAUGAACUAACCGUGUUCUGUAGUGAAUGCUUUGCUCAUGAACUAUAAAUAAAAGUAUGCAGAAUGA